GCUCUGCCUUCCAUUUUCAGUGGGGCCGCAUUAAGGCACUGUCUUUGGCCGCCAUUGGCCGCGUGUGGUCGGAGUCGUUUUUGUCGUCGCUGUUUUGGUCGCAGUUCGUAAUCGUAAUCUCGUUGGCGCUUUGAUUAUCUGCCAGCGCAGCCUCCGCAGCAUCCAAAAGCCUGAGCAGAAGCGCCGCGGGCUUUAAUUCUGUGUUCGUCACUGAUUUUGUUAUUCCGGAUUCGGGUGGCUAAUUAGGAACCAAAACAUGAUGCUUUAAGUGUGGUGUUGUAUUCUUCUUCUAAGCUAAACGUUUUCCCCCAAGUCUCAAAUGUGUCAUUCCCUAAUGUCUCCGCGUGUGUGUGUGUGUUAAGUAAUGCAAACAAAUAAAUGAUAAUGAUAAAAAGGCGAUAAACGUUUAAAGCUUUAAAAAAGAAAUAAAGAGUCUAAAAAAAGGCCAGAAGCAGAAGCUCAUCUACAACAACAACAAAAAUCAAAUCAAAUCAAAACCCCAUAUUCGCAUUUAAUUGCGCAGCGCCCGGCGGAGAGAACAGAGGAAAACAGAGUCAAAGUGGGAGUGGGAGUGGGAUUAGAGUUCAGGACCACAGACGCCUCCAUUGACAGCUUCUGUUGCAGCUUCAGGUGCGGGAAUUCGUGAAACGAGAGGAUUGCCUCGUAAGCAGCAGCAGCCGGAGCCGCAGGAGCCACUAACCAACAGAAGAACUCAUAUUGCAACAUUGUGUAGCCUCCUCAUCUGCUAAUAAAAGACCGUAAAUCAUCGAAGGAUCCAGUUCCACCCACCGCCCAUGGCUGACGACGAUUUGCGGGCUCUGGUGGACAGCCUGGAUGACGCCUCGCCGGAGAACCUGGCCAAUGUCAUAGCCAACUUCUCGCUGGAUAUGCUGCAGAGGGCGAGCGCCCUAAUUGGCGCCCAGCAGCCGCACAGUGGGGCACUGCUCAUCAAUCGCACGCAACAAUGCCAACAGCAGAGCCAACAGGAGGAUGAACUGGAGGCCACAGCCACGGCAGCAGCAGCAGCAGCAGGUGGCAAGCGGAUCUUACACUGUCCCAGCGCAUUCGAUUCGGUGCUGUGUUGGCCACGCACCAAAGCCGCCACCCUGGCCGUGCUGCCCUGCUUUGAGGAGUUCAAGGGCGUGCACUACGAUACCACAGAGAAUGCCACGCGAUACUGCUUCGAGAAUGGGACCUGGGAUCAUUAUUCGGACUACGAUCGCUGCCACCAGCAGUCGGGCUCCGUGCCAAUGGUUCCUGAUUUCUCCCCCAGCGUGGACCUGCCGGCCAUUAUCUAUGCCUGUGGAUACUUCAUCAGUUUUGCCACCCUGGUGGUAGCCCUCAUCGUAUUCCUUAGCUUUAAAGACUUGCGCUGCCUGCGAAACACGAUUCAUGCGAAUCUAUUCCUCACCUACAUCACCUCCGCUCUGCUGUGGAUACUCACGCUGUUCCUGCAAGUGAUAACCACGGAGUCUAGUCAGGCUGGCUGCAUUACGCUAGUCAUCAUGCUGCAAUACUUUUACUUGACCAACUUCUUCUGGAUGUUCGUCGAAGGCCUCUAUUUGUACACCCUGGUGGUGCAAACAUUCUCCAGCGAUAACAUCAGCUUUAUUAUCUAUGCCCUCAUUGGCUGGGGCUGUCCCGCUAUAUUCAUUAUGGCCUGGGCCAUAGCCAAAGCGUUUGCCCCCCAUCUGGAGAAUGAUCAUUUCAAUGGGCUGGAAAUCGACUGCGGAUGGAUGCGAGAAUCUCACAUUGAUUGGAUAUUCAAGGGGCCCGCCUCGGUGGCUCUGCUUGUUAACUUGGUAUUUCUCAUACGCAUCAUGUGGGUGCUCAUUACCAAACUUCGUUCGGCACACACCCUGGAGACGCGGCAGUAUUACAAGGCAUCCAAGGCCCUUCUAGUGCUCAUUCCUCUCUUUGGGAUCACCUACCUGCUGGUCCUCACUGGCCCCGAACAGGGUAUCAGUCGCAAUCUCUUUGAGGCAAUACGGGCAUUUCUCAUCAGCACACAGGGCUUCUUUGUGGCGCUCUUCUAUUGUUUCCUCAACUCGGAGGUGCGCCAGACGCUAAGGCAUCGCUUCAUUCGUUGGCGCGAGAGUCGGAACAUCCAUCGGAGUAGCUCCAUCAAGAACCGCAGGCAUCGCGCCUCCAAAGACUACUCGCAGAGAUCGCGAACCGAAAGUCUACGCACCGAAGAGUGUGUGAUCUGUCUGCGUCCCACGCCGCACACUCGCCUGGCGACACAGGAACAAUACCACAGCAUCAAUAUUACCGAUUUUGUUUAGGAACUACAAGUACAUAUAUUCAAAUGUAUGAAUCUUUUGUAGAACUGGUCCAGUCCUUGCUCUCCAGCCUGGCGUGCUCUUCGGUUUCAAUUGUUCAUUAAUUUCUGGUCCGGAAUCCUGACUGUCGGAUCACCUCAUCACUCGGCUUCAGGGUUUCUUCAACUGGCAGUGUCACGCUCUGGAAGACUGUUCCUAAGUGGAGAAACGAAACACUAGUUUAAGCAAGUUGUUGCCUUGGAUGGGCGAACUUGCCAUGAGGCAUAGUUGAAGCAGCAAAGGCAGUCCCUAUAGCUGCUGCCAUAUACAAAUAUAUACAGUAUACAAAUUCAGGAAACACCAAAGACGGACAUGCACCUGCUUUACUUUGACUUUUAGUUUAUUUCCGAACAUGACUUGAAGUUACAGCAAAAGUUAAGGUUAAACUAAAAGAUAUUUAUGAUGGUCCGAUCUGAUGCCAAAAGUCUAUCUUAAGUACGAAAACAUGUUGGUAACAUGGGGAAUUAACGUCAUUCCGAAUGUAGAUAUAGCGAAAAGAAAACGAAACCCAAAACACUGUGAAGGUGGCCCCAACCAUUUGACCCAUUUUAGUAUACAUUCUAAAAUUAGCUACUAAUUGUCUAGUUUUAUCAAUUAUGUGCCAAUGCGUGCAAAAAGUUUUGUCGUAACGAUUAAUUGUUAAUAAUUGUUUUAAAUUCUAAGUUUCUUGCGUUUUAGCAUUUUGUUUUUUCUUUUUUUGUUUAGUUUUUCUUAAGGUCACAUUGUUUAUAUCACUGAAAAUCUAA